AUGAAUCCAAUCACGCAAACAAAGAAGCAAAAUGCCAUGAACGAGCGUGAACUUCGUCUCGGUUACACGGGUACAGAGAGCAGUUGGCACCGACAAUACAGGGACUCCGCGUGGAUUUUCGUUGGUGGCUUGAGCUAUGACUUGACAGAAGGCGAUGUGAUCUGUGUGUUCUCACAGUAUGGAGAAAUCGCAAAUAUAAAUCUCGUGAGAGACAAAGACACUGGACGUUCCAGGGGAUUUGCAUUCGUCUGCUAUGAAAACCAAAAGAGCACUGUUCUUGCCACAGAUAAUCUUAACGGAAUAAAACUCGCCGGUCGCAUAAUUCGUGUCGAUCAUGUUGAGAAGUAUAGGGUUCCCACCGCUGGUAUGACGAAAGUUGGGCGUCAAGACGCUGAUCAGGUCCCUACAAAUGUUGAUGGCGGUGAGUUCCCGUCCGUGACUGACUACGUGCGCGAUCAUGGCUGUGGCCCUGAAGCGAUGCGAAGAAUUCUGGAGCUUCAAAAGGUGAACAAAACCUCUCAAGAAUCUCCACAAUAUAAUGGGUCCCAUGUAGAUCGACCACCGUCUCCACCGCGUGGGUCUCAUCAUCUCUCCUCACAAAACCUUUCGUCUCGUCGUGACAAAUCUCCUUCUGUUUCGCCACCACGACGUAGUCAAGAUUUGUCCCUACUUAGAGGGCGAAACUCCAAUUUCAGGCGCUCCUCACCUCACCGAAGACACCAUUCUCCAGGUCCAACCGAUACGUCCUCUACGCGACGCAGGUCGGAAGCGCAUCCGAGAGAUUUGUCCAUAUCUACGCAAAGCAAACGACCCUCUUCCUUUUCCUCCCAUCACUCUAGGCAUCGCGAUCGCGAUCGCUCUCGAAGCUCUCCCCACCAAUGA